AUGUCGUUCUUCUUCGGUCGGAGACAUUCGGUCUCCGGAGCGCCGCCGGCUCACGACGAUGCGAUGCCGACUACGCUUCGGAGAAGGAAUUCGCAACCGCAUGUGCGACCGCAUGGCACGGAGCCUCGUGGCCAGGGGAUGCUUCAUGAGCUGUUUCGGAGACAUCCGGAUGAGGAGACUACGCAACCUGCUGCUUCUGCUCCUAUCACCGUGGCAAGGGUCGAAUCACACUCCAGCGACAAACCCACCCCUACCGCGAAGUCGCCGAGCAAAUCGUCAGAGCAAGACGGUCGGAAAUCCGACGAAACGAAAGGCACCGAAACCGCAACGAAACCGCAGCAUGAGAAACCCAGCAAGGCGCCAUCUGCAGAGGCCAAUCUGGCGAAAGAAGAUACCGAGUUUCUUUUCUCGGGUGCGCCCGUGUUUCUACUCGACAAGGGAAGACAUGCACACUGGUAUCUGCAGGUGAUAUUCCCGCUUGAUGACCACGACCCAUUUAUCCAGAACUUGUGGGAUAGGAGGCCGCUGGCCCACGCCUCGUUCACGUUAUGUACGCUCCAUGCCCAUUUACCGCUUCCCGAUGGGUGGGUCAUUCAAGGAGAUAAUACUCCCGUUCGUCUAGAAUGUUGGAAACGGACCGCGGCGCCGAAGAGGGCGAGUUUCGAUGUUGGGAUUUAUGAAACGCCCAAUAUGCUUUCAAUGUACGGAAGGGAACCGGGAACGAUAGGCUCGUGUCAUUUCCUCGAGCUUCCCAUCUGCGAUGCGGUCCGUUAUGUCGGACCGGAAAUCCCGAGACCGAUGGCUGGAUAUAUGAACCUCUCGUCCCUACCGGCUACGGCAGCCUAUGAACUGAUGGAACACUACCAGGACGCGUACUCGCAGUGCGAAGACGGCACCGUACAUGACCGGAAAGAACUUCUUUGCGAGGGCCCGUUGGCCUGGCGGCGAAUCGGCGUUCGAGACAUUGAUCUGAAAACAUUGGUGGAGCGUCUGCGAGAACUGGCCGAUAUCCGAGAUGAGAUACUGCACGGAACAAAGGCAACAUCGAUUACGGACCGGGAGUCGGUGCACGAGCUGUCGAGAGAGCUGUUCACCAAAUUUCUCUACCCCCUACCCCAUUUCAUGCUGCAAGCGAUCAACGAUCCGCACGGGAUCAAAGCGCAGAUCAAGGCCCUCACGGUUGCGCUGGCCACGCCGGGGGCCUGGGCCAACUUCAGUCUGCCGGAAUGGCGAUUACGGGCCGGACAACUGCUCUGGGAAGGAGCUCCUCAUGCGGAUGGUGAUUUCCUAGAUUCCAGCACCAGCCAUAAGCCGUGGGUUCACCCGACGUUGGAACGCAAAUGGUACUUGGUUCAGAUGCUCCUUGCAGGGGAAUUACUUCUGCGUCUAGAUGCGACGGUGCGGCUGGGGAUUCUGGGCCAUUCGUAUGAACUUCGCCCGUCUCCUAGAGAUAUGUUGGACUUCGAUAAGACGCGAAACGGCAAGGUCGAUUGGGACAUCGUUGUCGUGCGACGCCUCAUGGAUAGCUUCACCAUCAGCUAUAAGGCAGAUGAGCCGGCAGUGGCGUCGGACGGGAAAGUCUCAACUCCAUCGUCACCAACUCACGAGCACGGCGGACGACAUCAUCAUCGUUUGUUCGAGAGAUUCAUGCACAGGUCAACAUCCCCUCCAGCAGGGCCCGUCGAAUCUUCCUGGAACUGCAAGCUCACUCCAUCCCAUGUCCACCUGCAAUUGCAGGGACUGUUUGUCUUUGCCGACAACAUCGGUUGGCCCGGCAUGAAUGCCGUAAAGGCGCAGCUUCAGUCCAAGGUCGGAGAUGACCCAACUAAUCAACAACUAGCAGAUGCAUACAACACCCCCACUCACAAUGUAGUACCUGAAGGCGUUGAGCUUGGCUCCAAGAUAGAUGAGAUGUACAGCCGGAGCCCGUUUCGGCGACGAUUACUGCUGCACUGCUCCCAAGAUUCCGGGGAUCUCGGUGGCUGGAUCACGAGAAGCUGGCUGUCCGGCUUCGUCAUGCCCGGCGAGAUGACCAACCACUUACUGAUGGCUACAAUGUUGGAGAACGACCCGGAUGCGUUGGCUCAUCUCGGACCGGUUAUCAACCUUUACGGCGGGCUCUCGUACUCCGGUCGAAGCUGGUGGAGCAAAGAAUGCAUCGUCGGCCGAGUGCUGGCUAGCUUGGAAGGCACCAAAGAAUCCAUGGGAUGGAUCGGCAGCUCCGUUCUCCCCAAGGACUCCCACACGUCAGAAGAUAUCCACAGCAGCUGGUUCGAGGUCGUCGUGAAGCCUGCACCGCAGGUCCCCGGCAAGCCGCGCAUCAAGCAGGGCCCAAAGCUGACCCACGACUCCAACCCUCUUCCCAUGCGAAAUACGCCGUGUGGUGCCUUCUCCCUGCCAACAGACGGUCCGGUCGACGGAGUCAAGAUAAGUUUUGAGGGGCUGAGUCUCUCCAGCCACGAUGCGCAACCCCUGCAGGGCAAGCCACAUCUGGUGGCCCACAAGUCCUACGUGGCCUUUACUCUAACCUCCGACAACAUCAAACCUCCUCGAACGCUCUCCAUCCCACUGACAUACAACGUGCAGUUCGUCGCAUCGCAUGAAUGUCGACCUCCGGGGGGUCUCAUAUCGAUUCAAAACACACCCUCGGGAUCCGGGGGAACUGACAACAGCUCCUCAUCGGUUUCGUCCAGUGGUACAUCGCAUAAACAUAACCGUCUGCCAGGCCAUCCACUCUACCGCACAUACGCAUACAAAGUGCUGUCCCUCGACGCCUUACCCGAACCAGCCGCUACCGAGACGACAUCCCUGGACCGCAACGUGGGAGGAGCGAGUCACAGCCUGCCCGAGGUACUGGUGUUGGAUGCGCGCGGCUCUCGCGACAAAGAAACCUUCGCCAGGGCAUGGUGCGCAUCGGCCGGAUACAAUGCCAUCGUUGGUAGGGUAGGUCGGACAUGCCUAGCGUGUUGCAUCCGCGAAGCCUACGCUAUUAGCGUCAAAACGGUGAUUCGCAUGGGCGAGGGUCAUCCCAGCCGAACGCCAUCUGUCCAGACAGUCUCUGUGUAA